UUUAGGCAUUGCCAUUGUUUAGUUACCCAGAAAGAUUCGCAAAAAUGAUUUAAAUUCGCAAAUAGUGUUCGAAAGUAUGUCAAAGUGAAGUUGUUUUCUAAAGGAGCAAGUGUCAAAACGUGAUACACUAUGAAAAUUGCUGUGGUAAUUUCGGGAAUUAUGCUAUGCCUCUUACAAAUAUACCAGCCAGUCAAUUCGCAAGGUGGUGUCACAACGACUCAAGCACGGACAACAGGAUCCAUUACGACUCAAGCUCCGACAACAGGAUCAAUUACGACUCAAGCACCGACAACAGGAUCUAUUACGACUCAAGCACUGACAACAGGAUCUAAUAGGACUCAAGCCUCUACUACAGGAUCCAUUACGACACAAGCAUCAACAACAGGAUCCAUUACGACUCAAGCGCCGACAACAGGAUCCAUUACGACUCAAGCCCCGACAACAGGAUCCAACACGACACAAGCAUCAACAACAGGAUCCAUUACGACUCAAGCACCAACAACAGGAUCUAUAACGACUCAAGCCCCGACAACAGGACCCACUACGACUCAAGUCUCGACAACAGGAUCCAUUACGACUCAAGUCUCGACAACAGGAUCCAUUACGACACAAGCCUCGACAACAGGAUCCAUUACGACUCAAGCACCGACCACAGCACCCACUACGACUCAAGCCCCGAUAACAGGACCCACUACUUGCAACAAGAAUUCCCAAAAAUGGGAAGCUGAAGCCUGUAACCAGUACUACGAGUGCUGUAAGGCAAUGUGGAACUAUUAUGUGGUGCUUCGGAAUUGCAGUGCUGGAGAACAAUAUAAUGCUACUAAUGAAACUUGUGUAAAAAAUACGACUUGUACUUUAUAAAAUAAUAGUAGAUUAUACCACGAGUCAAUAAUGAUAGCUAUUAUUCCCGAGGUAUAUUUAAGAACUGAGCCGCGUUAGCGGCGAGGGAGUAACAUUCCGAGGGAAUAAUAGCCAUUAUUGCGAGUAGUAUACUCUACUUUAUUCACGACAAAUUAAUUUAUUUGAAAUUUUCUUUCCAAAAACGCUCUUUGUUCAUCCAUCUCAAUACAAAUACACAAGCACUACGCGUUUGACACUGACACUUUUGAGUUUGUUCAGGUAUAUUGUUUCCAUGGUACUACGCUUAUUUAAUUUGAGGAAUUUUGUGAUUGGUGUGCAAGCGGGAAUAAUGACCAUUAAUCCCUGCGGGAAUAAUAUAUGACAUUAUACUGCCAAAAUCACAUAUGUAAUACUUACAUUAUAUGUCAGUCGUAAAUAAAACACUAUUAUUGAUUGCCAUUAUCUGAUAUAAAAAAAAAACACAGGAAACGUA